UGAAAAAGUUCUUUCCUUUUACCUCUGAAUUGUGGCGAGUAAAUUAGAUUCUUAGUUACAAAAUAAAAUGGCUCAGACCUUACAGAUGAAUCGGGGAAUAGUCAAACAGGUUCUUUCAGGUGAUAGCGUGGUGAUACGCGGACAGCCUCGAGGAGGACCUCCUCCUGAAAGACAGCUUUGCUUGUCGAACGUGAACGCACCAAAAUUAGCGAGGAGAUCGAACCCCAACGUUGAAGCCAGUGUCGAGACAAGAGACGAGCCAUUUGCAUGGGAGGCCAGAGAAUUUCUUAGAAAGAAGCUGAUCGGUAAAGAAGUGCUCUUCUCUGUGGAGUAUAAAGUUCCUGGAACAGGGCGAGAAUAUGGAUGUAUCUAUUUACAGAAAGGAGAAGACCUUGAAAAUGUAACAGAAGCCAUAGUUUCUGAAGGGCUUGUUGAAGUCAGACGUGGUGGAAUCAAACCAUCAGAUGACCAGACAAAAUUAAUUGACUUGGAAGAGAUGGCCAAAACAAUGGCCAAAGGAAAGUGGGGUGCUAAUGCCUCAGAUCACAUCAGAGACAUCACAUGGACCGUGGAAAAUCCAAGACAUUUUCUUGAUGCCAACAGUGGAAAGGAGUUUAAUGCUGUCAUUGAACAUGUUCGUGAUGGUUGCACAGCAAGAGCAUUUUUACUGCCUGAGUUCUACCAUGUGACAGUCAUGUUUACAGGAAUAAAGUGUCCCAUGAUGAUCAGACGUGAUGCAGACAAGGAAAUUUCAGAACCAUUUGCUGAUGAGGCAAAGUUUUUCACUGAGAGCCGUUUAUUGCAAAGAGAGGUGAAAAUAGUUCUUGAAGGAGUCUCCAAUCAGAACUUCCUUGGAUCAAUUAUCCACCCAGCUGGAAAUAUUGCUGAGCUGUUGCUUCGUGAGGGAUUUGGCCGUUGCGUUGAUUGGAGCAUGGCAGUGCUUACUAAAGGACACGACAAACUGCGUGCAGCGGAAAAAUUUGCAAGAGAGAAGAGACUUCGGAUAUGGAAGGAUUAUGUACCAAGUGCUCCAACUGUGCCUAUUCAGAACAAAGAAUUCACUGGAAAGGUUGUGGAAUGUGUGAAUGCGGAUGCUUUAGUCAUCAGGAAUGCUGAUGGGGCACAAAGAAAGAUUCACUUCUCCAGCUUAAGACCGCCCAGGCUUAUCCCUAGAGAAGACGGCACUCAGGAUACUAUAACUAACGGGAAAGAUAACAAGAAGCCCAGGCCACUGUAUGACGUACCUUACAUGUUUGAAGCCAGAGAAUUUCUCAGAAAGAAACUAAUUGGUAAAAAGGUGAACGUUAAAGUUGAUUACAUCAAACCUCCCAGUGAUGGUUUCCCAGAGAGAACAUGUGCAACGGUAACAAUCAGUGGUAUUAAUGUUGCUGAGGCUCUGAUAAGUAAAGGAUUUGCGACCGCGUUGCGACACAAGCAAGACGAUGAUCAGCGGUCUUCGUGCUAUGAUGACUUGUUGGCAGCCGAGACACGUGCCAUAAAGAAUGGCAAAGGACUGCAUAGUAAGAAAGAAGCACCCAUUCAUAGAGUGGCAGAUCUUUCAGGGGACGCAACCAAAGCUAGACAGUUCUUGCCUUUCUUACAAAGAGCGGGAAGAUCCUCAGGAAUAGUUGAAUUUGUUGCCAGUGGUUCAAGAAUAAGACUGUAUCUACCUAAAGAGACUUGUUUAAUAACUUUCCUUAUUGGUGGUAUCACAUGUCCCCGAGCUGGUAGAUUAGUUACUUCCCAGGGAGUUAUUGCUACGGAAGGAGACCCGCACGGAGACGAAGCUUUGAGUUUUACCAAGGAUCUCUGUUUGCAAAGAGAGGUUGAAGUACAAGUUGAAGCUAUAGACAAGGCGGGCAAUUUUAUUGGCUGGUUAUUUGUGGACAACACGAAUCUCUCUGUUGCCUUGGUCGAGGCUGGUCUUUCUCAAGUACACUUCACAGCUGAGCGCUCCAGUUACUAUCCUCAGCUCAUUCAAGCUGAGGAAAAGGCAAAAUCGCAGAAACUUAAGUUAUGGACCAGUUAUGAAGAACCUAAAAAUGUCGUUGUUGUUGAGGAAACAGAGAGGAAGUGCAAUUAUAAGAAGGUCAUUGUCACAGAAACGUCUCAAAACCUCUCUUUUUGGGCACAACACGUUGAUUCAGGUGGACAACUCGAGAAACUCAUGGAUGAUCUUCACACUGAGCUCAGUUCUAACCCUCCCCUCCCUGGAUCAUAUACAGCACGAAAAGGAGAUUUAUGUGCAGCUUUGUUUGUGGAUAAUAACUGGUACAGAGCACGAGUCGAAAGUGUGGCAUCUCCAAAAGAGAUUCAUGUGUUUUACAUUGAUUAUGGAAAUAGAGAAGUGUUACCGUUAUCCAAGCUGUGCCCUCUGCCUUCAGCGUUCCACAGUUUUCCUCCACAAGCACAUGAAUAUAGUAUGGCUUUUAUUGAACUUCCAAAGGAUGUGGAACAAGUUGCUGAUGCCUUGGAUUCCUUUAGAAAUCUGAUCAUUAAUCGACAGUUUAUGCUAAAUGUGGAGUACAAGUCCUCAGGCCAGGAUUUCGUGACACUCGUGCAAGAGAAUGGGGACGAUGUCGCUAAGUCUCUUGUCACAGAAGGCCUGGUUACUGUUGAGAAGAGGAAGGAGAAACGACUGCAAAAACUGAUGGAAGAGUAUAACAGGGCACAAGAUGGUGCGAGGAAAGCUAGGGUAAACCUGUGGCGUUAUGGAGACUUCACUGAUGACGACGCUAAGGAAUUCGGGUAUUCUACUUAAGGACAAACUGUCGCCCUUUCGUGAAUAGAAAAUUUUACCAAUCACGGAUUUGAACUAAUUAUCAAUAUGAGGAUAACAUUAACUUGUGCUGUCGAGAGCAAUACAAACAUUGAUAAGAAAAUGUCUACGCGUCUAGCGGCGAGAAUUGUCUUUCGGCUUUUCAAUAAGGUAUAUUCUAAAUCCGGUCAUAAGAAUAGUGUGACAUUCUGCAGAGGAAUUAUUUCCUUGUGAACCUGUUGCAUUUCCAAGGUUAACUUUCUUUACUCGCCACACUUUCAUGUCCGUGUCAUGUCGUCUAGUCAGAAUUUCUGUUUUAACUAUGAUCUCGUAAUCAUUCAAUUUUCUUGUUUACACAAGUGAAUUUGUGAGUGUAGAGAGAGAACUCACUCGAAAGAUAUAAAAUAGAGGCAAACGAA